UUCAAACUGCCCCUUUGGCCCCGCCCCUCGAAAAGCUAUAAAUACCAUCAGCUUCACUUCCUCCCUUCAGUACUGCCUUCAGCUGCCGAUACUUCAACGUCGGUGAGAAGGAGAAAAACAGUCAGACAAAAUGCGUGAGUGUAUUUCUAUGCACGUCGGCCAGGCCGGCACCCAGAUGGGCAAUGCAUGCUGGGAGCUGUAUUGCCUGGAGCACGGCAUCCAGCCGGACGGUCAGAUGCCCAGCGACAAGACGAUCGGAGGAGGAGACGACUCCUUCAACACCUUCUUCAGUGAGACUGGAGCUGGAAAACAUGUUCCCAGAGCUGUGUUUGUGGACCUGGAGCCGACAGUCAUCGAUGAAGUUCGAACUGGAACCUACCGACAGCUCUUCCACCCUGAGCAGCUGAUCACCGGGAAGGAAGACGCCGCCAACAACUACGCUCGUGGUCACUACACGGUCGGAAAGGAGAUCAUCGACCUGGUUCUGGACAGGACUCGUAAGCUGGCCGACCAGUGCACAGGGCUCCAAGGUUUCCUCAUCUUCCACUCCUUUGGAGGAGGAACCGGCUCUGGCUUCACCUCUCUGCUGAUGGAGCGUCUCUCCGUCGACUACGGCAAAAAGUCCAAGCUGGAGUUUGCGGUUUACCCGGCUCCUCAGGUGUCCACGGCCGUGGUGGAGCCCUACAACUCCAUCCUGACCACCCACACCACCCUGGAGCACUCGGACUGCGCCUUCAUGGUGGACAACGAGGCCAUCUACGACAUCUGCCGCAGGAACCUGGACAUCGAGCGUCCCACCUACACCAACCUCAACAGGCUGAUUGGACAGAUCGUCUCCUCCAUCACCGCCUCCCUGCGCUUCGACGGCGCCCUGAACGUGGACCUGACGGAGUUCCAGACCAACCUGGUGCCCUACCCUCGCAUCCACUUCCCUCUGGCCACCUACGCCCCUGUCAUCUCUGCAGAGAAGGCCUAUCACGAGCAGCUCUCUGUCGCUGACAUCACCAACGCCUGCUUCGAGCCGGCCAAUCAGAUGGUGAAGUGCGACCCUCGUCACGGCAAGUACAUGGCCUGCUGCCUCCUGUACCGCGGAGACGUGGUGCCCAAAGACGUCAACUCGGCCAUCGCCACCAUCAAGACGAAGCGCAGCAUCCAGUUUGUGGACUGGUGUCCCACAGGCUUCAAGGUGGGCAUCAACUACCAGCCUCCCACCGUGGUUCCUGGAGGAGACCUGGCCAAGGUGCAGAGGGCCGUGUGCAUGCUGAGCAACACCACCGCCAUUGCCGAGGCCUGGGCUCGACUGGACCACAAGUUCGACCUGAUGUACGCCAAGAGGGCCUUCGUCCACUGGUACGUGGGAGAGGGGAUGGAGGAGGGAGAGUUCUCGGAGGCCAGAGAGGACAUGGCCGCCCUGGAGAAGGAUUACGAAGAGGUGGGAACCGACAGCGUCGGGGAGGAGGACGAAGGAGAGGAGUACUAGAUCGCCGAAACACCUGUUCAUCGCUCCACUGGUCCCACAAAGACCAGCUCAACACCAAAGAGUGUUACUGCGACGCUGUCUGGACUCACUCCUUUCAGUUCUGCACAUUCCAGUCGACCAUCAUGAGUUUCCUGCCUCAUUUUACAUUGAUCCAAACUAAUAAAGACCAUGAAGUUUA